GCGAUGGCUUUUGUCUAUUUAAAAAUGGCGCCGUAAAAGCCAAGGUUUAUUUUUCAUGGGUGCAAAGUAUGUUUAAGUGCAUUAACCGAACGGCCCAUUUCACAAGAUAUCUCCAGUCAGCAGGCAGCGGUUUCUCUAUCAAACAAGAGUUUAGGCUGGUGUCAUCCUUGCCACUCACAAUGAACGCCCCGGCGGUGAAUAGGGUGGUUGGGGACAUCAUUCGCUCUCCUGAGGACAAGCGGGACUACAGAGGUUUGGAGUUCACCAAUGGCCUGAAGGCCAUGCUCAUCAGCGACCCGACAACAGACAAGUCCUCCGCUGCUUUGGACGUCCAUAUCGGUUCAUUAUCGGACCCCGGGAACAUCUCGGGCCUGGCGCACUUCUGUGAGCACAUGCUGUUCCUGGGGACAAAGAAGUACCCCAAAGAGAACGAGUACAGCCAAUUCCUCAGUGAGCACGCGGGCAGCUCCAACGCCUUCACCAGUGGGGAGCACACCAACUACUACUUUGACGUGUCCCACGAGCACCUGGAAGGAGCUCUAGACAGGUUCGCCCAGUUCUUCCUGUGCCCGCUGUUUGAUGAGAGCUGUAAGGACCGGGAGGUGAAUGCUGUGGACUCUGAGCAUGAGAAGAACCUGAUGAAUGAUUCCUGGAGGCUGUUCCAGUUAGAGAAGGCCACUGGAAACCCUAACCACCCCUUUAGUAAAUUUGGAACAGGUAACAAAUUGACCCUUGAGACCCAGCCAUCUAAAGAUGGGAUCGACAUUCGCCAGGAGCUCCUGCAAUUUCAUUCUACGUAUUACUCAUCCAACCUCAUGGGACUGUGUGUGUUGGGAAGAGAAUCAUUAGAUGAUUUGACCUCCAUGGUGGUCAAGCUGUUUGGAGAAGUGGAGAACAAGAAUGUUCCUGUCCCAGAAUUCCCUGAGCACCCCUUCCAGGAAGAACACCUACGGCAAUUCUACAAAGUGGUGCCGAUUAAAGACAUCAGGAACCUUUAUGUGACGUUCCCCAUCCCGGACCUCCAGAAGUACUACAAAUCCAACCCAGGACAUUAUCUGGGUCAUUUGAUUGGUCACGAAGGGCCCGGAAGUUUGUUAUCUGAGCUCAAAUCUAAAGGCUGGGUGAACACACUCGUUGGAGGGCAGAAGGAAGGAGCCAGGGGAUUCAUGUUCUUCAUCAUCAACGUGGACCUGACUGAGGAGGGCCUUCUGCACGUUGAGGACAUCAUCUUCCACAUGUUCCAGUACAUCCAGAAACUACGCACUGAGGGACCUCAGGCUUGGGUGUUUGAGGAGUGCAAGGAUCUAAACAAAGUGGCCUUCAGGUUCAAGGACAAGGAGCGACCACGGGGCUACACUUCUAAAGUGGCCGGUCUCGUACAUUACUACCCUCUUGAAGAGGUUCUAGCAGCAGAGUACCUUUUGGAGGACUUCAGACCCGAUCUGAUCGAGAUGGUGCUGGAUAAGCUGAGACCCGAACACGUCAGAGUUGCAGUGGUAUCAAAGUCAUUUGAAGGGCAAACGGACAAGACGGAAGAGUGGUACGGCACGCAGUACAAACAGGAGGCCAUCUCCGAGGAGUCCAUCGAGAAAUGGGCGAGUGCCGACCUCAACGGCAAGUUCACGCUGCCCAUGAAAAACGAGUUCAUCCCGACCAACUUCGAGAUCUACCCUCUCGAGACCGACUCCCCAUCCGUCCCCACUUUAAUCAAAGACACGGCUAUAAGCAAAGUGUGGUUCAAGCAGGACGACAAGUUCUUCCUUCCGAAAGCGUGUCUGAACUUUGAGUUCUUCAGCCCUUUUGCUUAUGUGGACCCAUUACAUUGUAACAUGGCAUAUUUAUACCUUGAGCUCCUCAAGGACUCCCUCAACGAGUAUGCAUAUGCAGCCGAGCUAGCCGGCUUGAACUAUGACCUCCAAAAUACCGUCUAUGGGAUGUAUCUCUCCGUUAAAGGCUACAGCGACAAGCAACACAUCCUGUUGAAGAAGAUCGUUGAGAAAAUGGCCAACUUCGAGAUCGACGAGAAGCGCUUCGACAUCAUCAAGGAAGCGUACAUGAGAUCUCUGAACAACUUCAGAGCCGAGCAGCCUCACCAGCACGCCAUGUACUACCUCCGUCUCCUAAUGACCGAGGUUGCGUGGACCAAAGAUGAGCUCCGAGAGGCUCUAGAUGAUGUGACUCUUCCACGCCUCAAGGCCUUCAUACCGCAGCUGUUGUCACGGUUACAUAUCGAAGCCCUUCUCCAUGGCAACAUCCCCAAGGAGGUUUGUCACUUUUUUUUCUUGUUUAUUUUAUUUUAUUUUUUUUAUAAACAUUUUGUAACGUACACAUCUAUUUACACAUUUUUUUAAUUCAAGUAGAGUAGC